UCCGUCAUACGCAGGGAAGUGUCUUCCGGCUCCGGGAGUUCCCGGAAGUGGCCGGGGGACCGGCUUCCGGUCCAGGUCGGGGCAAAAUGGCACUGGCGGCUGUGUUGCCGGCUCUGACGCGGGUGCUUGCUCUGUCCAGGCAGCGCCUCGUGUCUCCUUUGCCCAGCGUGACGUCCUCCAGCCGCUUCUACAGAGGUGACAGCCCGUCAGAUUCCCAGAAGGAUAUGAUUGAAAUCCCUCUGCCUCCGUGGCAGGAGCGACCUGAUGAGCCCAUAGAGACCAAAAGAGCCCGCCUGCUGUAUGAGAGCCGGAAGCGGGGCAUGCUGGAGAACUGCAUCCUGCUCAGCCUCUUUGCUAAAGAAUAUCUGCAUCAAAUGACAGAGAAACAGCUGAACCUGUAUGAUCGCCUGAUUAAUGAGCCCAGUAAUGACUGGGAUAUUUACCACUGGGCUACAGCUCCUGGAAGCCACUCUCAGAUCUGUGCCCUGUGGCCCCUCCAGCUCAGCAGUGGAGCCUCCCUCACAAGGAAUCCCUCUCAGGCUUCAAAGCUACCCUGUUUCCCCUUCUGUCACCUCCUGGAGGAAACCCUGCUUUUAAUAGAGCUCAUGUGAUGAGGUCAAAACCACUUGGAAAAGUUCCCUGUCCCAAGGCCAGCUGUGCCGCAGCGACAUGACUGGUCAUGCUCACAGGCGGGGAUUUCAUAAGCCUGUGCGCCGUUCUUUUACUUUAAGUUGAGCCUCUUGCAGACAGCAUACUUAAUCUUUAUUUUUUUGUCCAAUCUUAUCAUCUCUGUCUGUUCAUUGGUAUGUUUUGGUCAUUUACAUAUAAUUAAUUAUCAGUGUGAUUGCAUUAAAAUUUACCAUCAUUUUGUUUUCUAUUUCUUCCAUCUGUUGUUUGUUCCUUUUCCCCUCUAUUUCCAUGGGGUUUUUUAAAUGAGUAUUUUAAAUUUUACUCCACUUUUGCUUUAUUAUUUAUACCUCUCUUUAUAAUUUUUUUAGUGAUUGCCCCAGGGCUGGCAGUCUACAUCUUUAAUUAAUCACAGUCUACCUUCAAGUAAUAUUAUAGUACUUCAUGUAUAAUGUAAGAACUUUACAGUAGCACACUCCAAUUCCUCCCUCCCAUCUUUUGUGCUAUUGUUGUCAUACCUUCUAUUUUUACUUAUGCUGUAAGCCUACACUACAUUUCUGUUGUUUUACUUCAGACAAUUAUCUACAGAGCAAUUUAAAAUAAGGAAAAGGAUAGCAUAUAUAUAUAUAUAUAUAUAUAUAUAAAAGUUAUAACAUAGUAUCUUAUAUGUAAAUACAUGGAUAAUGUAAUAUGUAACAUUUAUAUAAUAUAUAAUUACAUUAUCCUAUAUCAUAAGAGGCUAAUAAGCGAAUCGACUGAAUGGCAGAAUGACCAGUUGCUAUGACGUGCACUGACCACCAGGGGGCAGACGCUUAAUGCAGGAGCUGCUCCCUGGUGGUCAGUGUGCUCCCACAGGUGGAGUGCCGCUCAGCCAGAAGCCGGGCUGACAGCAGUGGCGGGAGCCUCUCCCACCUCCGCGGCAGUGCUAAGUUCCGGAAGCCAAUUCCAGGUAGCAGGGCUGAAUCGAGUGGCUGAAGGGCAUUUCCCCAAACCUGAAAAGGAUAAUUGCUUGCUGCCAGACAGCUAAGGGCAUCUUAAUCUACAUGUUAUUGCCUCCUACUGGCCAAACACCUGAACAGCCGAAGGCAGUUUCUCCAAAACCUGAUAAUCUGACAAUGGCCUCUGUAUACGAAACCUGACCCUUUGAUGUGUACAUCUCCGUGUCACCUUAGGACAAAUUGUGUUAAUAAAAAGCAAGGGGUCCUGAGAUGAGGAGAUCUUAGUUUCUUUAGCUAAGCUCCUCUGACCCCCCA